AUGGCAACAGGAAGUGAGACAGAAGUGUUGCAAAGAUUCAUAAAUGAAUUGAACAAAAAGUUUGCACUGAAGGAUAUGGGGCAACUACAUCACUUUUUGGGAAUUGAAGUAUGGUGGCAUGAUUCAAGACUUCAUCUUACACAAACAAGAUGCAGAUUGGGAUCCUGUCCAGAUGACAAGAGAUCAACAGCGGGCUAUUUCAUUUACUUGGGAGACAACCUAAUAGCCUGGCCAUCGAAGAAUCAACAUGUAGUUGCCAGAUCAAGCACGUAG